GUAUCAGGGUUUAUAUAGACCUGAGGGGAUGGAAUGUCAGAUGAAGGAAUCGGAUGCUUGCAUCUGAUGGAGGGGAGAUUCCUGCAUUGGAGGGUUCUAGAGGGAGAUUCCGUGCGUGACUGUUUUGUAUGUCGUAUCAUUCCUAUUUCACUGUGGUCAGGUGUGGUGUCAUGUCAGGUGUUUGUUGUUUCAUAUUGGUUUGCGAUCUCCUACUUCCUCUGAAAUCAAGCAUGAGCAACUUCGUACAAGGAACCAGGAUUCGUCAGAUCGAUAUCCCAUGCAAUACCUUAGCCAUGUAGGUGAUAAUUCACAAGGUUGUUCA